AUGCGCAAGACGUACCACAUCGUCAAACCGCAUCGACACGAUCUCGUACUGCAGCGCAGCUACUUGACUUACCGAAUGUGGGCGCCGCAUGUCGCUAUCAACAGCGAGCGCCAUCUCCUCCUCGCCCCACUUUUCGAGGGAGAAUUUCAAGGAUUCCGCAAAAAUCUCAACGAUGGCAUUAAGAAGCGGAGAGCAGGCUUUGCGUCCAUCUUCAGGAGCGUCAACGAAAGGAGGCUGUUUGAGCUUCGAGCCGAAAUCCCUGAAUGGUGA